AUGAGAAGGUCCACCUUCUCCCUCCUCUCCUCCAUCUCCAAGCUCACCAUUUCUCCUCGAUUUCUCCAUUCUCCGAGCUCGUCCCUUCUCCUUCCUCUUCUCCAUCACCACCACCACCACUACCACCACUCCUUCCAACCAUGCGAGUCACGUUCCAUUCAGGCAUUUUCACAAACAUCUUCCGUGCAUCACCAUAUCUUCGACUCCGCCACCUCAACGAAGCAACUCCUCGAGGCCUUCAACGCCAUGGAAUCCACUUCGGAUGAGAAUGACAAGCGCCUUGGCCUCGCUUGUCUAGAGUUGGGAUUUUUGGAGAAAGAUGGUGGGGAUUCGCUGUCUCUUGCCAAAGCUCUGCUCUUAUUGGGGAAGAUUGGUUAUAGGAUGAAGAGAUUUGAUGAUAGUUUGAAGUCGCUGAACACUGCUGAGCAGGUGCUUGAUGGAAUGCCAAGCCGAGGUUGUGGUGAUUCUGGAGAUGCGCGAGUGCGUGUUGCAGUGCAGGCACAGAUUGCUGAUACAAAGAUACUUAUGGGGAGAAGAUAUGAGGCUUUGGUUAAUCGCAGAAGGUGUUUUGAGCUGAAAAGUUUGAUCUUUGCUGCUGGUUCCAGGGAAAUGGGUGAUUCUUAUAAGGAUUUGGCAGAGUUUUAUACUUCGGUGUUGGAGUUUCAAGAGGCUUUGCCACUUGCUCUGAAGGCCUUGGAUAUAUAUGAGGAGAGAUUGGGGUCUGAUUCUAUGGAGGUGAUUCAAGUUCGACGGCUUCUUGGAGUUGUUUAUACUAGUCUUGGGGAGAAUGAGGAAGCUUUGAAGCAAAAUGAGAUGGCAAGAAGUGUUUUGGAGGAUUUGCAUUUGAACGAGGAAUUGUUUUAUGUGGAGAUUGAGAAGGCAAAUAUGCAGAUUUCUCUUGGGAGGUUGGAUAAUGCCAUUGAUACACUUAAGGGGGUGAUUGCACAAGCAGAGAAGGAGAGUGACAUUCGGGCAGUGGUGUUUGUUUUCGAUGGCAAAAAGCAUUGUUCAACCAGGACAAGUUUGGAGAUUCAAAGAGGUGUUUGGAGAUUGCUUCGGACGUUGGCAAUAAUUGAGAAGCUCCCACAACAACUGCAUUUGGCUGGAAAGUAUCUCAGCAAGGCUGGGGUGGUUGCUUCUCUUGACAAGGAGAGUCUCUGA